ACGGGGCCGCCCUCAGCGCCGCGGCCCGUUUUUCUCCCUGGAAAGGUGGCCCUGCAGCGUGGAAGGAGGCGGAUCCGUUGCCUGCUUCCCGAUUUUCCGGUGUGUGGGCGCUCGUCGGUGCCACUCGCGUUCCCCACGCCAGCGUUCCCUUCCCGGCAGAGGUUAAAGCAGCGCCCAAGAGAAGCUGGCGCCAAGAAGCCAUAAGUGCCCUUCACCAUAUAGGCGAAGCCUAAAUCGAGGUCCCUGCGAAGAGAGGUGGUUUCACGAAUGAAGGCAGUUAAUGCUGAGCGCUGAAGGCAGCAACGUGACAGUUUGUACUCACCUCCCACAUCAGGACUAUUUACAGAUGUGGUGGCUGCCGUCCCCGCUCUCGCUGGCUGCUUGAACCAGGAACACCACGAGUGCAGGGAAAACGCCUCGGGGGAACGCUACCACCUCCGGAGAAGCGGCCCCGGCGCAGCCUUCGCCGGGUAGAACCAGAGAAGUCCAACGCCGACUGCUGCAUUCGGGCUACAUGACAAGAAGUUGCUUUGCAGAAGAAGAAGCUCGAGUGCCCUGCUAUUAUCUCAGCCUAAUUCGGACAACUGCUGACCCUCUUUACCCUCUCAGCUGGGAUUUUGCCAUCCCCAAAGAGAUCUCUGCCAUUCCCUGCAUCGAUAGAAGGCGAUACAAGUUCUGAGUUACAACUGCCAGCUACAGCAUUCAAGGACGAGGGCCCUUUUGCCCCCUCUUCUCUAGAGCUGGGCUUUGGAGCAAGCGUGCUGAGAUGUCUAAAAAGCAAAAUCCAAAAGAUCCAUCCGGCUUUAUUUUUGAUGUGCAGUCCAACACUGUGAUGGCCCAGGGAGGAACCUUUGAAAACAUGAAGGAGAAGAUCAGCGCGGUGCGCGCCAUCGUCCCCAACAGGAGCAACAACGAGAUUGUGCUGGUGCUGCAGCAUUUUGACAACUGCGUGGACAAAACAGUGCAAGCCUUCAUGGAAGGCAACGCCAGUGAAGUGUUGAAAGAGUGGACUGUUACAGGCAAAAAAAAGAACAAGAAGAAGAAAAGCAAGCCGAAACCUCCAGCCGGAUCGAGCCCUGGCCUCCCAGACCCCAGUAAAUUGGUGUCCACUGAAGAGGAGCAGUCGGCCAACGCGGAGAAGGGUGGAAUUAACGGUUACCAUGUCAACGGCUGUGCCAACGACAUGGAAUCCGUGGACUCGCUCAGCGAAGGUUUGGAUGCACUUUCAAUUGAUGCCAGGGAGCUGGAGGAUUGUGAAUCUGCCGCGCCAGACAUGCCUGAGAGAACAGCAGUGCCUGAACUAGAGAAUGGAAUAGCAGACUUUGACCCAAAAUCGCUCAUCAUGCAUCCUUCCCAGAGCCCCUCGUCCCGCAGACAGCGGCCUGAGCAGAGGAGCACUAGCAGGUCUAUGGCCAGAGCAGCAGCAAGCGGCUCGACUCCCGCUUCCUUGGCCAUAACACGGCUGGAAGAUGUUCCCGUUUCACCUGCAAACAAGAAGUUAGGUUCAAAUAUUGAAAAAUCAGUGAAGGAUCUGCAGCGUUGCACCGUUUCGCUGGCCCGGUACCGCGUGGUGGUGAAAGAGGAAAUGGACGCUUCCAUUAAGAAGAUGAAGCAGGUCUUUGCUGAGCUGCAGAGCAGCCUUAUGGAUCGCGAGGUGGCCUUGCUGGCUGAGAUGGACAAAGUGAAAGCCGAAGCAAUGCAAAUCCUGGGGAGCCGGCAGAGGAAGGCGGAGGCGCUGCGGAAGCUGAGCGACGCGGCCACGCGCAUGUCGGAGGAGCAGCUGGUGGAGCUCAGGGCCGACAUCAAGCACUUUGUGAGCGAGCGCAAGUAUGACGAGGAGCUGGGCAGGGUGGCGCGGUUCACGUGCGACCUGGACGCGCUCAGGAAGAGCAUCGCCUCUUUCGGGCAAGUUUCCCACCCCAAGAACAGCUACUCGAGCAGGUCGCGCUGCGGCUCCGUGGCGGCCCCGAGCAGCCCCGGCGAGCCCUGCGCUCCCUGCGCCGCCGCGUCAGCCUCUGCCCCAAGCCUCAGCACGAAGCCCUUGGCCCCUGCAGCCGCCGCCGGCCGCUCUCCACAGCCGCAGCGAGAGGCCAAGCCAGCCCCGCGUCCCAGCCUCUCGCUCAUGCUGGCAAUGACGGCAGCCGCUGGGGCACAGGAGGCUGGGCCCCCAACCUGCCUCGUCAGUCCGGGUGGAGCCGGGGAAGUUUUGGGAAUCCACCGGGGCUGCCCCAGCUUGGAAAACUGA